ACUUGCAAAAGAAUUUGCUGCAGAGAAGCGACAUGACUACGUGGAUCAACUGGAAAGAAUUCAGUGCAUUUUGCAAGAUAUUUCCAGUCUAAUUGCAACACCCAGGAAGCAGCAACAAAGUGAUGAUCCAAGUAGGGAGGCCCGUAUUCGAGAGAGACUGUCUUUUAACCCACGUCACAUAACUGAGCUGGAGGAUUGGAUCGACCAGUACAGCGUCAUGUUGCCAGAUCUUACCAAUUUUAUCUUGCCUGGUGGGGGCCGUGUGAGUGCUUCCUUACAUGUAGCACGAACAGUAUGCAGGAGAGCUGAGCGAUCCAUUGUACCUCUUACCACUGGUGGAUUUGUUGACGAACAGGUUUUAGUAUACGUCAAUAGGUUGAGUGACUACCUGUUCACAAUUGCCCGGUAUGCCUCGGUGCUUGAUGGGAACAAAGAAACCAUAUACAUAAGGCCCCAGUCACGCAAAGCUUCUAGUAUAGAGAGGAAACUAUCAGAAGGUCAAGAGGUUGUUCAGCAAGAUCAGUAAACAGUUCUUUGGUAACCAACCAAAUAUGCAUGCAAAAUGUGGUGAUUAUAUAGUAGAGUGUAAAGGCAUGUAGCAGUUACCUGAUAUUGCAGAUAUAUCUUCAGUAAAAAGGUUAUUUUCAGGUUUGAUGUUAAUAGAUUUUGACCAAUUAUGUACUUUAUAUAAUUGUCUAAACAAUAUUUAGUUUACAUAAUACCUGUACAAUAUUUUCUGCAAUUUUUUUUUUUUUUUUUUUUUUUUUUCUUUCUUUUUUUUUUUUUUUUAGUUAAAAGAACUGCAAGGAUAGAAAGCAGGUUGUUAAUGGAGAUCUCAUAGAAUGGGAUAAUAUAUUUGGUUACUGUGAGCAAUUUUAUAUUUCUCAGGUCUUUCCCACUUCUCAGAUUACAAAACUUGUGGUUAGAUAGAGAAAUAUGACCAAUUUAAGUUGCUGUAGCUUAUUGCAUUUAGUGUACACUUGUGUGUAUGUAUAUUUUUUUCUCUUUUAGGCUUCCAUUAAAUCAAAGUAGGUUUGUACAGAAUAGGUUUGUGUUCCUGGUUCCACCAAUAUGGAGGAGCCAACUUUUGAAUAUAAAUCAGGGAUAAAGCUUUAGAAUCAUGCUGCAAUAUAUCGUCCUAGAGUCUGGUCUGUCAGUAUUUCUUGUAUGUGUAACUUAUGCACUAAGGGUAGGUGUAGAAAUGUGUGUAAUAAGAUGGACCAAGGAAGAAAUGCCCUUUUGUUACAGUGAAAGUUAUUGGCUUUAGAUCAGGAUUUUUUAAAACAAAUUCUUUUAGAAAAUAUGUUACUUCCUUUUCUUUCCAUGCUCAGUUGUUUUGCUUUAAAGCAACUUUUAGGUAUUCCAAUAGUGUUUGGUUUGCAUUCAUGUUUCGGAGACAGGAAGUAUGGCUUUAUAAAUUUUAUAUUAUCUUGUUUUCCUUUGAAGUCGAUAGAGAAGAAAAAGACAGUCCUUAGUUCUUAUGUUACAGAAAAUAGAGGCUGAUGAAUUUAGGAAAGAUGGUGAACUGUUAACAGUAAGGUGACAUUUGAAAUGAUAAAGAUGAAGAAUCUGUACGUUAAUUUUAAAGCACAAAGCUAUGAGGCACAAAGAAUUCAGAGUUGAUGUUCCAGAUCUCAGAUUUAUUAGCCAGUAUUCCUUAAUGAAAAUAUAUAGACAUUUUAUACUUUUAUGUCUUUAUCUUGGGGUUUGAUUGAAUAGAUUCUCCAUAUCCAGGUCCUCUUUGAUAUCAGUAUAUGCAAUGUUUAAUGUUGUGGUAUUUGUUCAUUAAAUGCACGUUUUUAUCAUUAGUGUGGUAAUAGGUUGUAUGUACUAAACUCAUAUGAUAUAAGUUGUUCAUGAAAGAACAACUUCUAAUUUUUCCUCCAUUUUUUUUUUAUAGUAAAAAAACAUAUUCAGGCUGCAAUAGCAAGCUUCUUAUUUUUCAAAAUUUCUCUUUUGGUGUUGAUAGCAGGCAUAGGAUACUAGAGUUAUAAAGUACUGAUCCUGGUAUUCUUGCCACAAUGAAUAUUAGGAUUUUCUCUGUGGUGAAGGUCUCAUCUGCUUGCAGAAAUAAAGAUAUAAACAGAGUUAGAUGUCUUCACAUUGUGGAUUUAUCUUUGUUUAUGAGCUGACCUGAUAUUGAUGACUGUGCAGUAUCUGUAAUUAUGAUGUUAAAAUAGGAGUAAGAAAAAAUAUUUUCACUUGAUGUGCAGGGAUUAAAAUCAGUGAAGUUCUUGUGAUUUUCCUUUUGUAAAUAGCUGUGAUUGUUAAAUAGUAAAUAAAAUGUUUACAUUGUAA